AUGGAGGUGGAGAACCAGACCCGAGUCACCAAGUUCGUGCUGGUGGGCUUCCCCGGCACCUGGGGCAUGCGCGUCUCGGUCUUCCUGAUGUUCCUGGUGGCCUACGUCCUGACUGUGGCUGAGAACGUGGUCAUCAUCAUCCUGGUGCAGCAGAACCGGCCACUGCACAAGCCCAUGUACUUCUUCCUGGCCAACCUGUCCUUCCUGGAGACCUGGUACAUCUCCGUGACGGUGCCCAAGCUGCUGGUCAGCUUCUGGGCUGCAAGCAACAGCAUCCCGUUCACCCACUGCAUGGUCCAGCUCUACUUCUUCAUCGCUCUCAUGUGCACCGAGUGUGUGCUCCUGGCCGCCAUGGCCUACGACCGCUACGUGGCCAUCUGCCGCCCCCUCCACUACCCCACCAUUAUGAGCCACGGACUCUGUGCCCGCCUGGCUGUUGGGUCGUGGGCCAUUGGCUUUGGCAUCUCCUUGGCAAAGAUCUACUUCAUUUCCCGUCUCAGCUUCUGUGGCCCCAACGUCAUCAACCACUUCUUCUGUGACAUCUCACCUGUGCUCAAUCUCUCCUGCACAGACAUGUCCACGGCUGAGCUGGUGGACUUUGUGCUGGCCCUGGUCAUCUUCCUCUUCCCACUCGCUGUCACUGUCCUGUCCUACGGGUGCAUUCUGGCCACUGUUCUGCGCAUGCCCACGGGGAAGCAGAAGGCCUUCUCCACGUGUGGCUCCCAUCUGGUCGUGGUGACCAUCUUCUACUCCGCCACCAUCUUCAUGUACGCCCGGCCCCGUGCCAUCCACGCCUUCAACAUGAACAAAGUCAUUUCCAUCUUCUACGCCAUUGUCACUCCCGCACUCAACCCUUUCAUUUAUUGUCUGAGGAACCGGGAGGUCAAGGAGGCGCUGAAAAAGCUGGCCUACUGCCAGGCCUCCCGCUCUGACUAG